AUGUCGAACAAGAAGCAGAAGCUCUUCGCCUCCGACGCAGCGAGUGCGAGCACGUCGUCGUCGAGCGAGCAGCAGCAGCAGCAGGACAAGCCUGUCGCCACGAUUUCGUCGUCCGGACCCGGCUGGGCGCAACUGCAGCACGCGCUUGAGCAGUCAGCCACGAGGCACGUGGUCUCGGAGCAUGCCUCACCUACGGGCCUCGAGGACCUUCCGCCCGAGCUGCUCGUCAUGAUCCGCGAUCUCAUCUCCUCCGACCACGAUCUGGUGAUGCUGAGCUGUGCUUCGCCUCUGAUGCGCCGCACGCUGCUUCACGAGGACGCAGACGAGUGGGAUCGGCGCAGCUCUUGCAAGUCUCGCGAGGUACAGGCGAAAUUGGACGACAACCCGAGCAACGAUCACCUGACCGCGAAAGAACGCUUCAAGAUGCUCGCACCUGAAGGGAUCGGCGCCAGACAAUGCUCCGCCCGAGCCCGAAUGGGACGCUCCGCUCAGCUUCUUCUAUGCUUCUCCCGGACCCAAAUUUAA